UACCACAUCACGCUAUAGUUGUUUGACGUGGAUAGCUUAGUUUUUAUUCCAAAACACAAUGUGGAUUCAGCUCACCCUUUUUUGUCUGAUUGCAUUAUGUUGCUGUGAGAAUGGAGAUAAAUUCCUCGGAUCAGAAAAAUAUAGUAAGAAGGAUGCAAUUUUGUGGUACAUACUUCAAAAACUGCACCACGAUGAUAAAAGAAUAGACGAAAUACAGAAAUCGGUUCAUGAAAUACAGAAGAAUCCUAUUUUGGAUUCUGAAAAUCUACCAGAUAAGAAUAAGAAUGACGUGAACAACGGUUUCAAAAAACUUAUCAGUGAUAUUCGUACUAACAUUACACUUGUAAGGACCAAAUAUGAGAACGAUUCAAUUCGGAUGCAAAAACAAUUUGACCUGAUACAAGCAACACUAAGAAAGGAGACAGCUGCAAAUAAAGGCCAAGAUAAAACUAUAUCGGAUCUGGAAAAAGAGAUUCGAGAAUUAAAACACACCGUGAAUAAACAGCAUCCAUGGAUAAAAGAUGGGUAUAUGGGUUGUUUCAAAGAUGACGGGAACCGACAUUUGAAAUAUAGACUCGCACGUUUAAGUCACACAACGCUGUUGAUGUGCAAACAACACUGCCAUGGUUUCAAGUAUACUGGUUUGCAGGACCAAUCAGCUUGUCUUUGUGGGAAUACGCUUAUUAACCCUUCUUACCCACGUGUUCUAGACAGUGAAUGCAAUAUGCCCUGUCCAGGAGAAUCUUUCCGAAUGUGUGGAGCUGGAUAUAGAAACUCUAUCUACAGAGUUUGAUGUUGAUGUGAACAUAGAGAAGAGACAAGUUUUACAGAAUUAUUCUACUGCAGAAUUAAAUAAUAUAAUAAAUGUAUUGCA